CUAGCUGUUGGAUCGAAUUGGACGGCUAACAUGCUCUGUGCUUUGAAUAAUAUCCCGUCGCCAGCCACUCCCGAAACCCUACCACGCCCGACUGUUCACCUCUCUCUCCCUCUCCUCACCCUUCUGCUGCUGCUCCUCAAAUCCGCCCGUCGCUCCCCUCCCCAGCGCGAGGGCAGCCUUCGCAUCCUCCUCCUCCCUCCCCUCUACGGCGACCUCCAUCUUGGCGACUGGCGUGGACUACGACGACUGCCAUCCCCAACGGCUCCGUCCAAUGCCCACCGAAGGUUAAGCAAUGAUACUGGACUUUAUUGACCUGUCCAGUGAUGAUGAUAAGGUGGUUGCACAAUAUGUUGACUUGACUAGUGACGAGGGCGAUUUUGAAAGAGAGCAUCUUGCUUAUGGACAAGGUGAUGCUGCUCAGGGCAUAACAUUUCUUAAACAGGAGUUCGUUGCAGAUGAUGGACAAGCUGAAGCUGCCCAGUGCACAGGGAUAUUACAGAUGCAAGAACUUGGAGCAUAUGAUGGACAAGCCAAUGCUGCCCAGAGCACAAAUACUAUGCAAGAACUUACUGUAGAUGAUGGGCAAGGCGAUGCUGCCCAGGGCACAGCGACAUUACAGGUGCUGGCUCAGAAGACAAAGGAGGCAGAGAUCACGGAACAUAAUUUGCUGCCUCAAAUUGAGAUGUUGUCCAGAGGUUUCUGA